AAAUUUUGCUUUUAUAAGAAAUUUAGUCUAUUUUUUUGUAAGCAUAUUUUUCUUUUUGAUUGAAAUUAAUUCCAUUUCAGUUGAAUUAUGGUUAAAUUAUAUUUUAUUUCAGUGAUUUAUAAACACGAUAAGAACUCAACUAUUCUCAAAUCAUGUUCAGAUUUGAGUUCCUUUGGGUACUUUCAGAAGAAAAGUGUUGGAGAAUUCAUGAAAUUUACAUCAAAAAUGAUUGUCGAUAGGUCUGAAAGAGCUUCUCGAUCAUCAAUUAAGGAACAAGAAUAUUUAUGUCAUGUUUAUGUGAGAGCUGAUAAUUUGGCUGCGGUCAUCAUAUCUGACCAAGAAUAUCCAAAUAGAGUGGCCCAUACGUUAUUGAGUAAAAUCCUUGAUGAUUUUUCUGCUGCCAUUCCAAGUCAGCGAUGGACCAGUGCUAUGGAAGAUUCCAUCACUUUUAAUGCUCUUGAUAUUUAUCUUGUAAAAUACCAAAAUCCACAAGAAGCUGAUGCUAUGACAAAACUUCAGAGAGAUCUUGAUGAGACCAAAAUUAUUCUACACGAGACCAUUUCAUCACUUUUACAAAGAGGCGAGAAAUUGGAUGAUCUUGUGGCUAAAUCCGAUGAUUUGAGUGCCCAAUCAAAAGUAUUCUUCAAAACUGCCCGCAAAACUAAUCAAUGUUGUCAAUAUUAUCCAUAAAUGAGUGUUAAUUAACCUGUUGCUGAUCAUUUCUAUGGAAAAAGUUACCUUUGUGUCGAUUUAUUCAAACUCAUUUUUCUAUCUAAACUUAACCAUCGAAUUAUUUGUUCAGAGUUGGCUUUAGAAAACCUAUUUUAGCAUUGAUUUGUUUUAAACUUUUCCCUAUUUCUCUCAGUUGACCCCAUUUGAUAUCAUUCCUUUUCUGCUCAACAUGUGGUUGUUUACAUAUUAAUGUUUACCUAAAAAUCAAAUUACACUUUAAGAGCUCUAAUCAUAAUCAUGAGAAAUCAAAACCUCAUUUUAAUCAAUUUAAAUAUUUACAAUUUAUA